CAUCUGGUACCAAAUUUCAUCUAUAGACCCAAUAUAUUUAGCCACAUAAGAUGCACGCACAUUCAAACAUAGCAGCAAUCUGCAGUAGUUUGCUCAUCAUCACAUCUGUUCAUCAAUAUUUGUGUUGCCUUUUGGUUAAGUUCUGAUGGAAGCUGGCGGGAAAGACCAGAUUGUUAAUAGAAAGAAGAUAAGGUUUGUUGCUGGACCAUGGGGAGGCAGUGGUGGCGCUAGCUGGGACGAUGGGGUUUAUAGCGGAGUGAGAGAAAUCAUACUCGUGUACGAUACUUGCAUCGAUUCCAUUCGUGUCAUUUAUGACAAACAUGGAAAGAUUGUCAAGGGAGAGAAACAUGGAGGAGUUGGAGGCAGUAAGAUGGCUGAGAUUAAGCUGCAACUUCCUGAUGAGUACUUGGUGGGUGUUAGUGGACACUACGGUCCAGUGAUCAACAGUGGAACUCCGGUGAUUACUAGCAUCAGUUUUACCAGCAACAAGCGAACAUUUGGACCAUACGGAGUUGAAUCAGGGACUCCGUUUGUCUUCUCAUCAGACGGAGCAGAAAAAAUUGUGGGUUUCAAGGGAAGGAGUGGGUGGUUUUUAGAUGAAAUAGGAUUGUAUCUGGCUCCUGCUAAAAGACCCUCAGGCCUCUAUUACCGGGUUCAGCAGACUCUUAAAAACCUUGUUCACUAGCUUCUGCCUAAAAACUAGAAAACCAGUAUGUUACGACGACUCACAGCUCCUAUUACUCCGAUUUGAACAUAUUACGUCUCUGGUUUACUUGUUCUGCUAGAGACUUUUCAAUAAAUUAAGUAGGAAAAUACAUUCAGGUGUGGCAUCCAUCAUAUAUAUUGUGAAUUUCGUGAUGAAAUGAAGGUUUAUUCUGCUAA